AUGACUGAGCCUCUCGCACGCAAUGCUGGCGAUCAGCACGCUCGGACGAGAGAUGAAUCCUUCAUCCGCCCUCUAGCCUUUAGCGAGGCCUUCAAAUUCACGCCGCUGACGACCUCGCCGCUACAGCCUUCAGACCAGAUUCCUCUCCCGUCCGUUGGCGCAAGUGGGCGCGAUCUCCGUCUCGCCAGCCAAUCCGAGCGGAAAGCCGUUGCCAGUAUCAAGAUCACUUCAGAUGUCCAAGAUCAGCUACAACGGCUGCUACAGCCACGGGACCUGUCCGAGUUCAAGUUCAAGAGGAAACCCAACACUAGACAACCCCCAUCUCAGCCGCCCAAGUUGUCUCCGCUGGCCAACCACGUCUAUAACUGCGGUCCUCUAGAUUACAAGUAUCAGCCUGAGCCAGUCUCAUCCUCUACCCAUCCUGCAACAUUCACAGCCACUGCGGAGCAGCUCAAUGGCUCAGCCCAUGCUCAAAACUUUGUUCUCGAGGUUCCCGCUGCACAAAAGUCCUCUUCAGACGGCCUAUUACCUGUUGUUGCCGUCCCACAACCUGCAGGCUUUCGUAGAGAGGACUACGCGGCGGUGCCGGAUUCACCCAAGAGACGAAAACUCCAAAACGAAGACAGAGAGGCUCAACUUGCUCUACGCCAACGCACUCAGAGAGAACAGGGCGACGCUGCCGUUCUGCAGUUUCAAAACUACCUACUGACUCUCCUGGAAGUGCGAGAUCGUCUGGAGGAAGACGAUUCAAACGAUGCAGCGACAUCGUCUAACGGCCUCUUUGAAAGUUCUAACGAUGACGACGAUUUCAAAAUUCAACUAUCAGCCACCACCCUGAGCAGACUUCAAAGCAGAUUGCAAGAACUUGUCGAUCUUAAACGCCUUGACGAUAUCUCCAACGAACACAUCAACGCGUUACGACAUUUAUGCGAGGGUCCUGUCGCCCGAUCACAGACUCUCAAUCUCAGACUCAGUCAGGAUCCUUCGGAUGAAGACAUCGAAAUCUGGCACUCGCGAAUCGCUUCGGCUGAAAUCGGUGCGGCAUCUGCGUCCGUUACGCUGCUGACAACUCUGGGUGACAACACACCAGAUUUAUCUCCAGAUGUCCUGCAAGCUGUUUCUGGACUACUUGUCAAUGCUUUUGAAUCGUGCCUAAUUCCAGUCAUCGAGUCCCGCCCCGAUGGUCAAUCUGGUAGGCUGUUCAGCUGUGCUGUCGCAGCUGAAACAGGACUCAAGAGUCUGCUAGAUGCGAGCAGGAAACUACUCGAUCAACUAGUCACUGCUUGCGUACAAAUCAAAGUAGAUGGUGACUGUCUUAACACGACUGAGUUCCUGGCAGCAAAACUUAUCUUCGUGCAAAAUGGGCCAACCGAGAAGGUCGCUGCACUGGGAUCCAAAACGUACGAACGCGCGCGAAAGCAGGUGAUGUCGGCUCUGGCGAGGCUUUUUGCUGCGUUCCCGUCUGACCGGAAAACAGUCAUGGACGAAAUCCUGUCUUCUGUCGACAAGCUUCCCUCCACCAGCAGAAGCGCUCGACAAUACACAUUGGGGGAUGGUAAGAGUAUCAUGCUUGUUACUGCGCUGUUUGUGCAGCUCGUACAGACCUCAGCACUUGAUGUUAAUCGCAGAUCGGCCUCACUUCGAUUGCAAGGUGCGAAACAAGGCGCGGUUGGCGAUGAGGUUUCUGCAGCAGAAGACGACGACGAGGGAGAAGAGAUGCAUGUGGACGAUCCGGAAGAAGCCCAAGAUGAGUUGAGCAGACUCCGUCGCAAAGCUGAAGCUCUCUACACACCGACUCUGAGGACUAGUCACGAGAUUGUGCUUUACCUUGUCAACAAAGCUUCCAAGGUCUCGAAGACGGGGGAUUCUCCGUACCGCAACAUCCUCGAUCUCUUUAUCGAAGACCUGGUUAUUCUAUUACCACUGCCUGACUGGCCGGCCUCACAGCUUGUCUUAGAUCUCCUGUUCAAAAAAAUGGCCGACACUGCGCAGACUGAGAAGGCUGCUGGUGUGAAGAACAUGGCUCUCGAAUCUCUUGGAACAAUGGGUGCUGCAAUCGCGUCCUGCAAGGCUUCUGCUGUAGCUCACGCGGCUGGUCUAGCAAGGGAUGCAGACGGUGCUUCGACGGUUGCACAGUCUGUGGUCAGGUUAGCCAAUGACCACUUCUCCAGAGGAUUGACCAAGGAGGAACUCUUGGGUCCCGAAGGGCCUUUUGCUCUGACUUGUCGAUACUACGACAUGCAGCAAAGCAAAAGGGAGAGCAAGAGUCUGAGAGCGCGAUCUGCUCAAUGCUUUUACUUGGCUCAGUAUGCCACAGCUUUCUGCCGAAACAUCACAGCGGAACCUGGUGAAGAAUUAGGACAGUCUCUCCGGUCCGAGGCAGCUGAAUUGCUCGAAGAGAUCGACAAUGCUGCUUCUGAGGCGCCUCCUGUUGGAAUCUUGGACAACUUGCAACCCCGUGAGGCUCUACUUGCCUACUUACUGAGCAUUUUGAGUCAUAGCUUUUGCCGUCGCUACGAAGCCAUCGCACAUAUCUUGCUGGCUUCGCUCUCAAGUGAACAGGCACAGGUCCGCAGUCGGAGCAUCAAGAGCGUCGUGACAAUGCUCGAGACCGACGCAAGUCUUCUGGAUUCUCAAGAUAUGAAGAUUGAGCGGUACAUCUUCCCGUGCGCCUCUGAUGACUCUGCACUGGUGCGCGACGCUGCACUAUCUCUCAUUGCCAAGUUCUUGAUCUCGAAGCCCGUUUACGAAGAGCGUGGUAUCAAAAAGCUCAUCGAAUGUACUCGCGACGGCAAGGUUGGCGUACAAAAGCGAUCCAUCAGCCACCUUGCUGAUAUUUACGCCCAAGAAUCUCGUCCGCAGUUAAAAGCCUGGAUUGCGGAGACAUUCCUUCGUCGCACCGGCGACUUGGAAGACAGUGUUAGCGAUCUGGCAAAGCGUACGCUCAGUGAUGCCUGGUUCAGUGGAAACCUCGCACUCGCCAGUGAACCGCAGGAUUCUGCAAAAGCCAAUGUCGCCAUUGAACAGCUUACAGCUGAUAUUGUGGCAACCAUCGAAUACAACGCAACCGAGCUACAACCUCUCUUUACCCGGUUCAUUAUAUGGCAGCUGAAGGCUAACAAGGCUGCCAGCCAGCUGGGCGCUUUGCUGAAUCGCAUUGUAGCUAUCUUGUUUGGAUCCAUUGUUGCCGGCAACGCGAAAGAAGCCAGUCUGACGCUGCUGGUGUGCCUGGCACAGGCGAGACCUGAAGCGGUCGCUCCGGCUCAGCUUUCGCACCUGCGACAGUACCUCACCCACCUCACAACCACGGAGGAACUACCCAUGUUCAAAGCUGUCAUUGGGAUAUUCCGGCACGUGCUGCCACGCUUGUCUGUAACCCAUCAAGAUCUGCUGUUGGACAUACAAGGGGAUCUCUUCAGCUCAGUCACCAAGCUGCGGGUCAGAGGCGAUCUCGACGAUGUUAUGUCCUGUCUGCGGACCAUCGACGAUGUCCUUCACAACGGUGCUCGAUUCGUCAAGCUCCUAAAGUCCAUCAUCGAUCAGCUGAGUGGCAACAGGGGAAAUGAUGCCACCCGGAAGCGACUGGUGUUCAUUGUAGGAUCGCUGACAAAGCAUAUCGACGUAGACAGCCUUCAGAUUCAUGGACAAAUCUCAGCAUAUCAUGGGGGCUCGGUGUCUGGCUUCAUUGCGGAUUUGCUCUACCCGUUCGCUGCCAGAGACGAACCGGACGAGAUUCAAUUGACAGCACUGGAUAGCCUCGGAUGUGUCUGUCAAGCCUGGCCGGCCCAGUUCGAGAAAGAACCAAUCAGGAAGCUGUUCUACAACAGCCUCGGUCAAGCAGAUGGCUCGAAGGCCCGUCGGUGUGUAUUGAAAACCUUCGAAGAGAUGUUUGUUGCAUUGGGUGACCCGCCUGAAGAAGAUGCAAGUGAGAAGGCCAAGGGAGAGCCAGCUCAAGAUUUGAAGAAAAUGGGCGGCAAUGCUAAGUUGCAAAGCAACAACAGUGCGAUCUCCAACAUCGCUCAGCAUGUAUUUGGGAGGAUUGCCAAGAUUGCACUCUCUACUACCGGGCCAGAUCUGAUUCAUGCCGCACGGACGGUCGCCAUCAUGUCGAAGAGGGGAAUGUUCCACCCCAAGGACUAUGCUGGUGUCUUUAUCGCGCUGGAGACGUGCGACGAUGCCGAAGUCCGCAGCAUUGCAGAGCAAGCUCACGCCAAAGCGCACACCCAGCACGAAUCCUUCUGGGAGCGUGAGUACAUGCAAGCCGUGCAGACGGCGUUCAAGUACCAGCUGCAGACAGUCCAGGAUGCGUCGGGAACUCGGCAGGGCAAGGCCAAGUUGGGUGCAUGUUUCAGCAUUAUCAACACCAGCGGGUCCAAGUAUGUCAAGAAGUUUCUCAGCAAUCUCAUUUCCAGACUCAGCACGGACGUAUGGAAGCUCGAAAUUGCGCGACAGAUCCCGAACCACAUACUAUUUGUGCGGUUUGUGGCGCAGAAUCUGGCGUUCUUUGAAUUUGCCAAGAUGGAGGAUCUCUUGCACACCAUCUUGCAGUUGGAGCUUGUAUUCGGCAAGAAUGGCAGCGAAAUCUCUGAAGCGAUUGAAACCAGACUUCCAGUCGAUCCUCCCCCAAGGACAACUGAGACAGUGGACGUCAAUGGAGUAGCCGGGCAGCCAGAGAAUAACAAUUCCGUCGGCGAUGCGGACCAGGCUAUCCAGGAUCGGCCGACGCCUGUGACGGUGGCGGACGCGGACCUGGUCAAACGGCUUGCGGCAGGAGCGUGCGCAGUGACAAUAAUCUCGGAGGCACGUUCACACCUCAAGCGACAGUAUGGGAUCUCUCGAGACGUGCGAGCAACAAUGCAUCAGAACAAGCAGGCCAAGGAAGGUGGCAAGGCGCCAUUGAAGGUGCAUGGGAUUACGGGGGAUCGGUUCCUGCAAAACACCAACGGCAUCCUAUCUUCGAUGGAGACGCAGGAGGCUAUGCUCGGUCGUUGUCGCGAGUUCCACGGCCUCAUGAACAUCGAUGAAGACGUGGUAGUGGGAGAAGAAGGUAUGGAUAUGAGGGAGGGUCAUUCUGCCAGCGUAGAUCCAGACGGACUUAUGGCGCCGGGUAAUAGAGGUAAGAAGAGGAAGAGCACAGGCUCGGUGGGAGGAACGCCGCGGAAACGUGGAAGGCCACGCAAGAACACGACUCCGACCAGGCGUUCGUCGAGUGUUUCUUCGCGUGACGACCCUGAAGCGGACUUUAUGGGCUAG